UAUCACCAAAGUAUGAGGAAGUGUCUACCUGUAUGCAGUAGGUACUCUGACUGGACUGCACUGCACUUUGAGUGUGUGCCGCCGCCUUAUCGUGGUAGCUAAAUGGAAAGAGGGCAGUUAUUAGACAGAGAUGAAAUCGCUCCCUAUUUUGUGGCCGGGACACGAAUGUUUAGGUACAGCAGCAAGAUCACGAGUGAACACUUGUAAAAUUUCGUCGAACUCGAUAUAGCUUCUUGAAAUUCUUUUGGAAUCAGCAGUUGGAAACCUCCAUUUCCAGUGUUGCCUGGAUCCUGAGCGGGCGGUGGGUGGCAGCGAGGAAGGGUAGGCGGCUGCUGCCUUUCAGUGACAGCAGCAACGCCGCCGGAGCUGGAAGGAAAUCCUUUGCACAGGCUUGCUGCGAUGGCAGGGUCCAUGCAGGUCACGCCGUUAAACAUCAACAGCCUGAAGGAGCCCACGCUGAAGAAAAUAAGCGAUCUGCUGGACAAGGCAAACAACCGCGGCUGGAGGAAACUGGCAGAAAUUGUGGGAGCUGACAAGCGCUUCAGACUCAGCUCAGAGGACCUAGAUAAAUGUUCGCUGAAGGUACUGGAUCUAGAAGGAAGCCCCAGCCGAAGUUUGCUUCAUGUGAUGGGUAACCGGGGCGUGACUGUGAAAGACCUGUUGGAGUUCCUUCAAGCUUUGGGACAGACUGAAGCCUUUCAGCUUCUGAGAUCCUCAGCUUCAUUGAAGAUUCUCGUUCAGCCAGUUUCCCAAGCAGUACUGGCCGGCCAGGCAGUGAGACUCUAUUGCCAAGCAGCAGGAUAUCCGAAUGUUGAAUAUCAGUGGUUUAAAAAGAACAUAGAGGUUCCAAAUGGCAAUGCCCCGGAGCUUGUGAUUAAUCCAGUCACUAUAAAUGAUACUGGGUGGUACAUUUGCAGAGUGAACAGUGGCUGCUCUUCUGAAUUUAGCCUCUGGGUGCAACUGGAAGUUUAUAAUUUCAGUGCUGCCUACGGAAGAAGAUUCUAUACCACUGAGACGAGCCUUCAGAUUAUAAACCAACCACAAACCCAGAAACUGAAGAUAGGAGACACCCUUGUAUUGGAAUGUACUGCAAUUGGAGUACCAAUGCCACGUUAUCAAUGGAUAAGAAAUGGACUACCAGUCAGCAAUGGUUGCGAAAGGCAUUACAAGAUAAGCAAUGUAAAUCGGGACAAUCAGGGACAGUACCGUUGCCAUGUGUUCAAUGACAAGGCAGAACAAUGGAGUAUGGAAGCAGAUGUUCUUAUAGAUGAGGUGAAGUAUCCUGAAGAAACAGGUAAUCCAGUUGAAGUUGGACCGCUAGAUUUAGGAUUUAACCAAAGACAUUAUGCAACAGACAAGGUGGCUCUACUGAUUGGCAACAUGUCCUACCUCAACCAUCCCAAGCUAAAGGCACCAAUGGUGGAUGUAUAUGAACUGACCAAUUUGUUGCGACAGCUCGAUUUUAAAGUGGUAUCUCUGUUGGACCUCACCGAGUCAGAGAUGCGUAAUGCGGUGUAUGAGUUCUUGCUCUUGCUGGACAAGGGAGUGUAUGGUUUGUUGUACUAUGCUGGACACGGAUACGAAAACUAUGGAAACAGUUUUAUGGUGCCGAUUAAUGCUCCGAAUCCCUAUAGGUCAGCAAACUGCUUGUGUGUGCAGAGCAUCCUAAAGCUAAUGCAAGAGAAGGAGACUGGAUUGAAUGUCUUCCUACUGGACAUGUGCAGGAAAAGGAAUAUGCAUGAUGACACCAUUCCAAAUAUGGAGGCCUUAAGAGUUACAGCCAAUAUUGUGUUUGGAUAUGCAACAUGCCAAGGGGCAGAAGCAUUUGAAAUUCAGCAUUUUGGAUUAGCAAAUGGCAUAUUUAUGAAAUUCCUGAAGGAACGCCUGCUAGAGGACGAAAAAAUCACAGUAUUACUUGACAGGGUUGCUGAAGAUAUGGGAAAAUGUGACCUCACCAAAGGAAAACAAGCUCUGGAGAUUCGUAGCAGCCUGUGUGAGAAGAGAGCCUUGACUGACCCAAUCCAUUCAUCAGGCUGCUCCACUGAAUCCCUGGCACGAAACCUGCAGUGGGCAAAGGCUCACGAGCUGCCUGAAAGUAUGUGGCUUGAGUUCGACUGUGGUGUCCAAAUUCAACUUGGUUUUGCUGCCGAGUUCUCGAAUGUCAUGAUAAUUUACACGCGCAUUGUGAAGAAACCAAAAGGAAUUAUAAUGUGCGAGGCAUAUGUCACCAAUUUCCCACCGGACCUCGACAUAGACCCUAAAAAGACAAACAAAGGAACGCCAGAAGAAACAGGCAGUUACCUACUCUCUAAGGAUCUACCAGAGCAGUGUCUAUACACCAGACUGAGCGCCUUACAGAAACUGAAGGAACGGUUGGUGUUCACUGCCUGUCUUCGGUAUCAGUACCAUGGACUCGAUGAACCUGUGGAAGAGGCCAAGGAGGUGGACGUAGGCAAACCGCUCAUCGCAAAGCUGGACAUCCAUCGCACCAUCAGGAGGAACAGCUGCCUAGUGACCUGUCCUAUGCCUCAUAGUCCAUCGCACAGCCCAGUCCACAGCCCGUCUCACAGUCCUGUGCGAAGCAUGGCUUAUAGUCCAGAAUUUGAGCAUUACCACCACCGUCACAACCAACAUUAUCAAGAUAAUUCUCACCUUGGAGUCUACAACCCAAAUUCAACUAUGAUGGGUGCAAUGCGCUGCACCUUUCCUUCUGACAGCUGUAAAUACAGCACCACAUAUACACACAUGUCAGACUGGGGUCAAAGGCCUCAGUUCUGUCGUAGCAACAUAGGAACGAUCAAUGUUCCUGUUGAGAAUGAUAUCAAUGACCUGCAGUCCCAUUUCACUAGCUGCCUGCAGUUCACUGAGCAUUAAUGCACAAAUAAUUAUUCUGAAUGUACUGAGGAGGAUUUUCCACUGGAGCAAUGCUGACUCCCACUGGAAGUAACAAAAUGUCGAAUAUAUCCACCCUAAUGACACCACGCUGAUGAUGAGGUUUUCCAUUGUGUUUCUCAUCAUUUGCACACUAAUAACACUGGGCACAAGGAAUGCCAAGCAUCCAGCAUUUCUAAGGUCAUAGAGGGGAGUUUUUAAAAGUUAGUGAGCUGCCUUAGUCAAUGUAGCCAAAUACAGAUCGAUCAACUGCUUAGGUUAGGCAGAUUUUGGUCAACAGUUUCUUAAAAUUGGGCAGCCUAUAUGGUAAUUGGCCAUUUUCUAUCCCUCCCCAGGCAGGUGGCGAAUUAUGGUCAAGGUCAAGUAUGCAGGAAAAACAGUUAACUUGAAACUCAUAGUGUUAUGGUGGGAAUUAAUUAUUGUGUUGUCAAGGGUGUACUUUAAUUGUUUUCUGUGCUGUGUUCAGCAUACAUUCAAUAUUAUCAGCAUGCAAUCAUAUACUUAUCACAAUUUAUUGGAAAACUUAGGUGCAGAAGAUCACAAAGAUCAAAAGAAUUGUAGCAAAAGAUGAGUAGGUCAGGGAAUAGUAAAGGAGAUUCUAAAAUUAGAUUUAAAAACUUGUAGAUUUCAGGAGGAGGAGAAUAUGGUGGGAGUAAGAAGUUCUAUAGUUAUUCUUUCAUAGAUUUGGAUGCUGUUGGCUAGGCCAAUAUUUGUUGCCCAUCCCUAAUUGCCCUUGAACUGAAUGGCAGUUAAGAAUCAAUCACAUUGCUGUGGGUCUGGAGUCACAGGUAGGCCAGACCGGGCUAGGACGGUUUGGGGCAUUAGUGAACCAGAUGGGCUUUUACAACUAAUGACAGUAAUUGUCAUGGCUACCAUUACUGAGGCUAGCUUUAGAUUCUAGAUGUAUUAGUUAAAUUCCAUCAACUGCCAUUGGUGAGAUUUGAACCUGUGUCCCCAGAGCAUUAUCCUGGACCUCUGGAUUACUAGUCCAGUAACAUUACCAAUGCAGCACCAUAUUCCUGAGAGAACAAUGUUGGCUUAGUAGAAGUGAAGCUUUAUUAUCAAAUACAAGAUUAGCGCUGUGACCCAUUGUGAGGAAGGUUUUCUUUAUACACUCGGUAAUGAAACCAUAAGCUUGUUCUUUAAAGUCCAUGUAUGAUCCUGCUACUUUUUAAAAUUUGUUCAUGGGAUGUGGACGUCACUGGCUGGGCCAGCAUUUAUCUCCCAUCCCUAAUUGCCCUUGUUCAGAGGGCAGUUAAGAGUCAACCACAUUGCUGUGGGUCCGGAGUCACAUGUAGGCUAGACCAGGUAAGGAUGGCAGACUUCCUUCCCUAAAAGACAUUAGUGAGCCAGAUGGGUUUUUGUGACAAUAGUUUCAGAUUUUUAUUGAAUUCAAAUUUUACCAUGAUGGGAUUCGAACCCAGGACCCUCAGGGUCACUAGAAUACCAGUCUAGCAACAAUGCCACCGUCUCCCCCUACCUAUACUGCACGAACAAGCAUAACCAGAAAGGUCACUGAUCUGAAACAAUGGGUAGAAUUUUAUUUCCCUCCCCACGCCUCCAAACCCAGAAGUGAGAUAGGAGGUGGGGGUUGCGCAUUUGAUCGUGUGGGAGGAUGCAGGAUGGAAACCCUACUGCCUUCCCAACCCUCUCCAAUCAAGCCCCAGGCAGGCAGGGUGGAAGUUGACUUUCCUACCUGGAAGCUAUUGAGGCCGAGUAGCCAUUGAAGAGACUAAUCCUGCCACGCUGUAAUUCCACCAGCCGCAGGACAAUCGCCCAGCAAAACCUAUCGGGUUUGCUUGUGGCCUAGUGAGGGGGAGGAGUCCCUUCUGCUCAGAACUUCAAUGCAUGAUUGAGGGUGCUGGCACUGGGAAGGAAGGGAUGUCCUGUGGGAAAUCAUCCUUCUGCUCCCCUUGACAGCAUUUUCUUUUUAUUCAUUCAUGGAAUGUGGGUGUCUCUGGCUAGGCCAGCAGUUAUUGCCCAUCUCUAAUUGCCCUUGUUCAGGGGGCAUUUAAGAGUCUACCACAUUGCUGUCCCCUCCCUGUGACCCUCCAUCCCUCCCACACGUACCUCUCACCAGGGUUCCAUCAUCAUUCUCUGGUAAAGGCCGCAGUGCAGUACUAGCAGUGGCCACCACAUCUAGUGGCGCUGCUGGUACUGGAAAGCUGCCAGCCUUUGAUUGGCCCGCAGCUCUCGAGGGUGAGCUACCCUCCCUGCAAAGGGGUUAAUUCAACUAGAGACCCAACACUGCCCAGUUAAAUGCCCGAUUGUUGAAAAAUUCCUUCAGGCCUCCCAAAAGUGAUUGAUGUGAGGUUCCCAUCAGUAUUCCAGCUGGUGGGUAGGAACCCUGCCUUAAACAUUAAAUUUUGCCUGUUAACUCUGCUUCUCUCUCCGCAGAUGCUACCAUACCUGCUGAGUAUUUCCAGCAUUUUCUGUUUUUACUUUCUAAUCAGACCCUGUUUUGCAUAGCUGCUAGUUAUAAGUUAACUCCUUCCUGCUCCUUAUGAUAGUACUGGGCCCUCCUGGUUGGGCCCUCCUUGGGGUCUGCACUGAAGGUGUGGUGGGAGGUCAUAAUAAUCCUUGUAGAAAUUCAGGGCUAAAACAUCUCAAUAAUCAGGAGCUGCUCCAGAACCAUUUGAGCUUCAUUUGAUGCUGCCUUUGGGUCCUUUCCAACAGAUUAGAAGCAAAUAAAUAUGUUUUUAUAGAUCGUAGAUGUAGAUUCUGCAGGACAGAUUUUUUUUUUUAAAGCCUCUGAGGCUAGAUUGAUGAGUGUAUGUCAGAAAGGUAAAGAAAGUGCAAUGCACCUUUCCCAAUGUAGCUACUCAGCGAUCUGGACAGGUCUUGUUUGUAGGAAAGCAGUGAGCUUCCAGCACUAGACUAGCGGUGAUAGCUUGUAGAUCUGGGGUGGGGUGGCUACAAAGCUAAGCUGACACAACUCUCUUGAAGAAAAGUCAGAUCAAGUUAGGGGUUGGGGGCUGGUGGGCAGGGGUAGGAGGGGUUGGUGAGGGGGAGGAACAAUAACACAACAGUUUUGUGUGCAAUUAAAUAUCCAUAAAUAUAAAUACAUAGAUAUAUAUUUUAAUAUUUUGUGGAGGACAAGAGACAUUAUGCUUUUCUUUGCCCCAGAAAAUCUUCCAGUCUUGCCAGUGUUCUCCAGCAAUCCCAUUAUACGCUUUAUACACUGUCAAUGAAUGGGGAUAGUGUCACGGGUGUUUUGAUUAAAAUGGCCAUUGGGGUUUUGCCUGUCAUGUAAAUGGUGUACAGGAGGCUUUCCGUGCACAUUCAGACCAGACUAGAAUGGCAGCAGGUGGAAAGACGGUGAGUUUUUAUUUUCCGAAUGUUGUUGUCGUUAUCACCUUGCCCCCCUGCAUGUUUACUAGUGGAUACGAUUAAUAUGUCAUUUUAUCUUCAGUAGAAAGAUUAAAUAUGUGUCGGACACCAUGGAGACACAAUUAGUGUGUGCCAUCAGUGUGCAACAGGCUUGUAGUGAUCGGCAGUCUGUUAUACACUGCGCCAAUUUUUAUUUCCUGUUGACUUGGAAAAUAUUGCCAAGAUUUUUAAUUUGAAAGCAAGUGAAAGUGACAGUGAGACUAGAAAACAAGUCUCAAAAAAAGGGUUGAACUGUAGUUCGUGAACUUCAAAAAGAAAAAAAACUUGCAAUUACAUAGCACCUUUCAUGACCACAUGUUAAUUAACGCCCACCCUAUCAAUUAAACAAUAUAGCCUCGUGCACCAUCUGCCCCAAGAGUUUGUAAUUACCAAAUCCCAAGGAAGCCGGAAUAAACAAAGGCCUGGAGCCAAUUAGAGGGAACACUGUGCAAGCUCCCCGACUUCCUAAAACAAACAAGUUCCUGAUGAUCAUAUUUUCCAGGGAUACAUUAUUAGACAUACUGAACCAAAAUUUUUCCUUCCAGUUAUGUACGUCUGCCUAGAGGACCAGAAAAGAUAAAUUUUAUCUAUUGGGCUACUCUCAAAGGUUAGAAAUUAAUAUGUCAUUUUAUCUUCAGUAGAAAGAUUAAAUAUGUGUCGGACACCAUGGAGACACAAUUAGUGUGUGCCAUCAGUGUGCAACAGGCUUGUAGUGAUCGGCAGCCUGUUAUACACUGCGCCAAUUUUUAUUUCCUGUUGACUUGGAAAAUAUUGCCAAGAUUUUUAAUUUGAAAGCAAGUGAAAGUGACAGUGAGACUAGAAAACAAGUCUCAAGAAAAGGGUUGAACUGUAGUUCGUGAACUUCAACAAGAAAAAAAACUUGCAUUUACAUAGCACCUUUCAUGACCACAGGAUGUGCCAAAGUGCUUUACAAUUAAGUACUUUUGAAGUGCUGCUACAGUUGUAAGGUUGGCAACGCUGCAUCCAAUUUGUACACAGAAAGCUCCCACAAAUGGCAAUGUGAUCAUUAGCAGUGGACGAAUGAUUACCGGAAAGAAGAUUGGAUAUGGCGGAAAAUCAGCUGUCGAUUUGCUGCAAGCCCAUUUCACACUUCUGGCACAGACUAAAUUCAUUCUCCAUGUAAACCAUGGCUAACCUAAUUUUAACUGGGUUGGAAAGAAUAGUAGAGAAAGGUCUGCCAAAAAUGUAAGCAUUACUUUCUUGAAAUAUACAAUGAUCUCUGUUUCCAACACCUAGUUAUUGCACAAAUUUGCCAUCUUCUGCUUGAAGAAGUGCUUUCAUGAUCUGUAGUGAUCUUCUCCCCUGCCAGUCAAGUGGAGUAAAAAUGGGCUCCAUGAUCAUUGUUCAUGAACAUUGAACCUAAAUGGUUGUACUAAACUUCAAGCCUAAAGCUUAUGGGGAAACCCAGAGUUAUUAAAUAUUAAAUUUGCUGUAUUUAAUGCUUAAAAACUUUCUUGUGUGCUGCAUUAUACAGAAGAAUGUAAGUUUAGGUCUAACACAGUACUUCAUACAAAUGUACUUGUGGCCUUUCUUUGCUAUUUUCAUGGGAAUUUAAACUUGUUUACAAUAAAAAGUCUGUAUGAAAAUA